UUGGCAAGGAAAAUGACAUCGAUUAUCAAGUUGACUACGCUUUCAGGGGUGCAGGAGGAAUCUGCUCUUUGCUAUCUGUUGCAAGUAGAUGAAUUUCGUUUUCUUUUGGACUGUGGCUGGGAUGAAAACUUUUCUAUGGACAUUAUUGAUUCUCUGAGGAAACAUGUACACCAGGUUGAUGCUGUCCUUCUUUCUCAUCCUGACCCUCUACACCUUGGUGCUCUUCCUUAUGCAGUUGGAAAAAUGGGAUUGAAUUGUGCCAUUUAUGCAACUAUUCCUGUAUAUAAAAUGGGACAGAUGUUUAUGUAUGAUCUCUUCCAGUCCCGCCAUAAUACUGAAGAUUUCACUCUCUUUACCUUGGAUGAUGUAGAUGCAGCCUUUGAUAAGAUACAGCAGCUGAAGUUUUCUCAGAUUGUGAACUUGAAAGGCAAAGGACAUGGUUUGUCAAUCACCCCAUUGCCAGCUGGCCACAUGAUAGGAGGCACAAUUUGGAAGAUUGUCAAGGAUGGAGAAGAAGAAAUUGUUUAUGCAGUUGAUUUCAACCACAAGAGGGAGAUCCACCUCAAUGGAUGCUCCUUGGAAAUGUUGAGCAGGCCUUCGUUGCUUAUUACAGAUUCAUUUAAUGCUACUUAUGUACAACCCAGGAGGAAACAAAGGGAUGAACAGUUACUGACUAAUGUUUUGGAGACACUACGAGGUGAUGGAAAUGUGUUAAUAGCUGUGGAUACAGCCGGCAGAGUUCUGGAACUUGCUCAACUUCUUGAUCAGAUCUGGAGAACGAAGGAUGCAGGCUUAGGAGUCUACUCUCUAGCACUUUUAAAUAACGUCAGCUACAAUGUAGUGGAGUUCUCUAAAUCACAGGUUGAAUGGAUGAGUGACAAGUUGAUGAGAUGCUUUGAAGACAAGAGAAACAAUCCUUUUCAGUUCCGCCAUCUCUCCUUAUGUCAUAGCCUGUCUGAUCUGGCUCGAGUGCCUAGUCCAAAAGUUGUCCUUGCCAGUCAACCUGACUUAGAGUGUGGUUUUUCUAGAGAUCUUUUCAUUCAGUGGUGCCAGGAUUCCAAAAACUCUGUAAUUUUAACUUAUCGCACUACACCCGGAACAUUGGCACGAUUCCUGAUUGAUAAUCCUUCUGAAAAAGUUAUAGAUAUUGAGUUGAGAAAACGUGUGAAGUUGGAAGGAAAAGAACUCGAAGAAUACUUAGAAAAGGAGAAACUAAAGAAAGAAGCAGCUAAGAAGUUAGAACAAUCCAAAGAGGCAGAUAUUGAUUCCAGUGAUGAGAGUGAUGCUGAAGAGGAUAUUGAUCAGCCAACUGUACAUAAGACCAAACAUGAUCUGAUGAUGAAAGGUGAAGGUAGCCGGAAAGGAAGCUUCUUCAAACAGGCAAAGAAAUCUUAUCCGAUGUUUCCAGCCCCUGAAGAAAGAAUUAAAUGGGAUGAAUAUGGCGAGAUUAUCAAACCUGAGGAUUUUCUAGUUCCAGAACUUCAAGCAACAGAAGAAGAAAAAAGCAAAUUAGAAUCUGGUUUGACAAAUGGAGAAGAGCCUAUGGACCAGGAUUUAUCAGAUGUUCCUACCAAAUGUAUUUCUGCAACAGAAUCCAUGGAAAUUAAAGCCAGAGUUACAUACAUCGACUAUGAAGGACGCUCAGAUGGGGACUCAAUUAAAAAAAUCAUCAACCAAAUGAAGCCAAGGCAGCUGAUCAUUGUCCAUGGGCCACCUGAGGCAAGUCAGGACCUUGCAGAAUGUUGCAGAGCUUUUGGUGGAAAAGAUAUUAAGGUUUACAUGCCAAAACUGCAUGAAACUAUAGAUGCAACCAGUGAAACUCACAUUUAUCAGGUCAGGUUAAAAGAUUCUCUUGUCAGCUCCCUUCAGUUCUGUAAAGCCAAGGAUGCUGAGCUGGCUUGGAUAGAUGGUGUUCUGGACAUGCGGGUUUCAAAAGUGGAUACUGGAGUUAUUUUGGAAGAGGGAGAGCUAAGGGAAGAUGAAGACUUAGAGAUGCAAGUGGAUGUGCCUUCAUCAGACUCUAGUGUUGUUGCACAACAGAAGGCCAUGAAAAGCCUAUUCGGUGAUGAUGACAAGGAGAUGUGUGAGGAGAGUGAGAUCAUUCCUACUUUAGAACCUCUGCCACCUCAUGAGGUUCUUGGACAUCAGUCUGUGUUUAUGAAUGAGCCAAGGCUAUCUGACUUCAAGCAAGUUCUCUUGCGAGAAGGUAUACAAGCUGAGUUUGUAGGAGGAGUGCUUGUGUGCAACAAUCUGGUGGCUGUUCGCCGGACUGAAACAGGGCGCAUUGGAUUGGAAGGCUGUCUCUGCCCGGACUUCUAUAGGAUAAGAGACCUUUUAUAUGAGCAAUAUGCUAUUGUCUGAGGAAAGUGCUGUAAAGAUAUUUUUACUUGGAACUUUUGAAGACAGUGGGGAUUUCUCCCAAUUUUGACUUUUUGUAGUUUUCUAAUUUAUGCAGGGGAAACUUACUUCAUAAAGAACAACUAACUACCCUGAACAUGUAAAUAUCUGCUACUGUUCUUUAUAGAUCUGUUGGUACAUUCCAUGUUGUCAACUUCAAAACUGUUAUGACUUGCCAUCUCCCACAUAACACAUUAAAUGAGUUUAUCACUAGGAACCCUUCUCUGAAGAAAGGUUCACUAUGUCAGGACAUACUUGGGUUUCAUAGAUUCCCUGCCAGAAAGUACAAAAUACAAUUUUUAUAGUAAUUUUUCUGUUCCAAAAUAAGA